CUAUUUUAAGUUUUCGGAAUUUUCCAUUUUCAUGUAGAGUAGUUACUCGUCAUACUAUAUUUGCAAUCAUAUCAGUUCAGCAAAAUUGUUCAUUCAUAUCCAUGGAAAGAAAAGAAACUUGAUGCAAUGAGAUGAACAUUUUGGCAAGUGCACCUCCAAACAAGGAUUGGACUAGUGCAGACUGUUCUCGUGACGGUAUAUUGGCUGUGUCCUGUGGAAACAUCGUCCUUUUGAUAAGUGUACAGCAACGCACGAUACUAGGAGAACUUCGUAGUCAUCGAAAGAGAGUCCACUGUGUCCGUUUCCAAAAAGCCCUUGCUAUUGAACAUCUUUUAAUUACAGCUUCCGUGGAUGGAACCGUAAAGGUAUGGGACACAGAUCUUAAGCGAGAAAUACGUUCCAUUCAGCUCAAUGAAGCAAUCAUUUCCUGUUUCUUUUCAAGUAUUUAUCCUCAUAUUUUAUUAAUCUUACGUGAAGAUAGUGCUCUAUAUGGAUGGGAUCUUACAUUAGAUAAGCGUGACAGUUUACAACUAUUACACGAUGGGGAUAGCUCUAUUCAGGGAAACAUCACUACUGUCGAAAUGACUGCCUCUGAUUUAUUAUUAUUAGGACUAUCGAGUGGUCUUAUAUUGGGCUGGAAUGUUUUUGACUCACCUUCUGUACAGAAGAGGUUUCAGCAACAUACCUAUCCAGUUCAUAGUAUUACGAGUUGCUCUGUGAGGUAUGAUAAGAAAGUCGGACAAAGUGAAUAUUUCUAUUCCAUAUCUGAAGAUGGCCUUGUCUGUUGUUGGAAUGUUAUCGAUAGCAGCACUCCCUGUUUUCUGGUCUCGAUCAAAAAGAAAAUCUCGUCGUUUUUCAACUGCUCCAAAGCACAUAUUCAAAGAUAUGUCUUGAAAUAUGUGUCUCAAUCUAGAAUGACAGUUAGUAUCGGUUGUUUGGGUAAACCGUUUUUGUUAGAAAUUCAAAGCAACAAUUCAGCUCAUAUUAUCCCAUUCAAUGAGACAUCAGCUUUGCAUUGUAAUUCCAUCACGACUUUACUUGUUUUAGAGUACCAUAGUCGGCUAUGUAUCAUCAGUAUUGCAAUGAAUGGGUGUAUAGCUCUUUGGGAUGCCGAUUCUGCAACUUUUCAUCAUUGGAUCUUGAAAGGUUCAAAUGGUUUUCCGUUGAGUUUUUCUAUAGCAAACGAUUUUCAAUAUCCCUUGGUUAUUAGUUAUUCCAAUGGUAGUAUUGGGUUCGUAGAUAGUCGAGAAUGUCUGAAUAUUCGAAAACAGCCAGAUAUACAAACAACAAAGCGACUGAGUUUCCUUAGUCGAGAAGAGUUUAUAUGUGAUAUUUGUUAUGUGCCUUAUUUGGCAAAUUUCAAUCCGAAUUUUUUGGCGAUGAUAACCAAUCGAGGUCAGCUUGUCCUUGGAAGAGUUCAGUUUGGUACACCUAAUGAUAAUGAAGACGAGAAUCCUUUACAGGAGAGCUUCUGUUUGCAGAGAAUAUGUUCCACUUAUCUAAGUUCCAAGACUAGAAAGAGCAAAAGUAUAUCAAACAAAUUUCAAUUAAGCUGGAUCACUGCAUAUGAAAGGGAAGAUAAGAAAAUUUGUUAUGAAGAGAAUAUAUUGCAUCAUUUGAUGACCAACGAGUUGAUUGUCAUUGAGGGCGGUCAUUUGGGACAAUGCUUGGAAGCUUCAUUGUGGUAUUUAAAGAUGAACUCUGCAAAGGAAUUGACAUGGCAGUUUCGUGCUUGUUUAUCACAAGAGUUGAAGCGAGGAAAAUAUUUAUCCAAUCCUAUGAAUAUUUCCAGUAUCUGUUGUAGUGCCGAUAGAAGUUAUAUUGCACUUGCAUGUAACUUUCAACAUUGCUUGAUAUUGGAUGUGAACACUUUCAACUUGAUUUUUUAUAUGGAAAUUGCCAAGUUGCAUUUGCUUUCACGAUGCAUCUCACAAGCUGCAGAUAGUUCUUUAACAGAUAAGAUUCCAAUCGCUUUUUCUUGUACAGAUGGUCGAGUAGGUUUGUUGUACUUUGACAGGAAUACUUUUUCCAAAGAGAUAGAUAAUACUGAAAAAGCCAAUUGUUUCCUUGUGCUCAAUUCAAGACUCCACUAUUCAAGUUGCUAUUGCAUUAUCAGAUGGAAGUAUUCAGAUAUGGUUGCCAAUGAAGGAAAAGAUACCUUCCAAGAACUUGCCUGGACAAAGAGAACUCAUUUCGAAACUCGAAUGGAAUUUUCUUUUCCCUUCAUUUAUUGUUUCAAUCGGAAGUGACAAAAUUCUUCGUCUAUGGGAUAUAACUCGA